AGCCUACUCGAGGAAGUAUCGGUGCAGUAUUUAAAGUCGCACGGUAAAGUAGUUUGUAGGUAGUGUUGCUGUCUUUGUUUUGAAGUGUCAAACUAAAGUCCUGCGCUGCAACUGAACAUGAAGGCUGCUCUGCUGCUAGUGUUGACUGUUUGGUUAAAUGUUCAGUACGGCGGUUGCUCUUUUCCCUCUUCAUGUUCCUAUCCUCCUUCAAAGUGGUGUUCAUCACUGGACUCAGCUAUCCAGUGCGGGGUCUUGAAGCAGUGCCUCCAGUCUAACUUCACCAAGUCUCAUCAAGCAGCAGAUCAAGUGGAGGUGGGGCUCUACUAUGAGAGUCUGUGUCCCGGCUGCAGACUUUUUCUCACUGAGAUGCUCCUCCCAACCUGGGUUUUACUGAAUGACAUCAUGUCUAUUACUGUGGUGCCCUACGGCAAUGCACAGGAGAAAACUGUUGGAGGGAAGUAUGUUUUCGAUUGCCAGCAUGGAGACCAGGAAUGUCUGGGCAACAUGAUUGAGGCUUGUCUAUUGAACAAGACAGACGCUGCCAUCCAGAUCAUCUACUGUAUGGAGUCGUCCACUGAUGUCAUCGAGGCAGCCAAGAGUUGUGCAGAACUCUACUUCCCUGAGUUGAACUGGGACAGCAUCAUGAGCUGUGUGAAAGGAGAUGUAGGAAACCAGCUGAUGCAUCAGAAUGCCUUGAAGACCCAAGCCCUGAACCCUCCCCAUAAAUAUGUGCCCUGGAUUACGAUUAAUGGGGAACAUACAGAGGACCUGCAGAACAAGGCCAUGACUUCUCUCUUCUCUCUGGUCUGCAGCAUGUACAAGGGCCCCAAGCAUCCGGCCUGUGGAGGGAGCCAGAGACGUUACAGAAGCUACAGCCUCAAUGAGUGAACUGGUCAAGGUGUGGACACUAAAUAAGGAACAAAGAGCAAUGUCAUUAAAUGUAUAUUUUUACAUUUGAAUCAUGCCUUAUUACCUGCUCAUAACGCUUGUGUUUAUUUGGCUGAUUCCUUAACUCUGAACGCAUAUUAGUUUUUUGAUUUAAUUCUCAAUAACAUGUUCAAAAAAUAAAGAUGAAGACGAAUGAAUGAUUUCACGAGUCACAGCUGACGUUA